UGACUGUCCCCCACGAAGAUGUUGCUAAGUGCCGAUGGAGAUCGACGGCCGAGAAACGACCACUGGUCCCUAGCAGCAUUGCCGGCCGUUGGAUCUACAUUUGAGGGGGGAGACGUGGGAAGAGAUUCGCUGUGUUAAAAACCUAAGAAGUCUCCCGUUCUUUGGGUUAGAGCUAAAGUGGGGAGCAGGCGUCUCCUUCUAAAGAAGCGGCGGAGCUCCUCUCUCUGUCAUUUUCUGUCUCUUAUUGUUCUGAUGAGGUGAUCCCUCUGCUCUCCGUUGCAGAUUAGGGUUCCUUUUGGGGUCUUCUUCUUCAUCGCGUUCGAGUGGGUGGUUGGUGGCGGGGAGGGAGAAGGGAAGAAGGGGAGAUGGCGCAGGCGAAGAGGGCGACGGGGACGGUGAAGUGGUUCAGCAUGCAAAAGGGGUUCGGGUUCAUAACGCCUGACGAUGGCACCGAGGACCUCUUCGUCCACCAGACAUCCAUCAGGUCGGAAGGGUUCCGCUCCUUGUUGGAGGGCGAACCCGUGGAGUACGAGGUCGAGAGAGGGGAGGAUGGCCGCACCAAGGCCGUCGACGUCAGCGGCCCCGACGGGUCUUUCUUGCCAAGUGGAUCAGCCAGCGGCGGUGGGAGGGGUUUCUCCGGUGGUGGUAGAGGACGCGGCGGCGGAUUCGGGAGAGGGUUCGGUGGUGGGUUUGGUAGUGGUGGUGGUGGUGGUGGGAGAGGGGGAGGCAGGGGUGGAAGAGGGGGACGUGGCGGGUAUGGUAGUGGCGGUUAUGGUGGUGGCGGAUAUGGAGGAGGCGGCAGUUAUGGUGGUGGAUAUGGAGGAGGCGGCGGAGCUUGCUAUACCUGCGGGCAGCCUGGUCAUUUGGCAAGGGACUGUUACCAAGGGAGUGGCGGACGCUCGGGUGGUGGUGGAUAUGGAGGCGGUGGCGGUGGAUAUGGCGGUGGGGGCGGUGGUGCUUGCUAUAAUUGUGGGGAGCCUGGACAUUUUGCGCGCGAGUGUCCGUCCGGGCAGAAAUGAAGCAACGGAUUGCCGGUGAUCCCGCCAUCUGAUGAGUGAUGGAAACAAGGUCCGAUGCGGAUGUUUGAGGGAAUUGCUUCCAUGGUUGAGACAUGAUCAGAUGUGCCAGGGUUUCUUUUUUUGCUUAUUGGAUUCAUGCCGCUUUUUUUUCCCUUUUUUUAAAUUUUUUUCUUUGAUUUUCUUUUUGAUUCUGUCUUUCUUUUUUGUUUAAAUCUUGUGGGUAUGAAAGAUUGCUUCAGAAGGGGACGAUGAAUUAUGAUUAGUGGGCAGAAGAGACGGAAGAGUAAUGACUCUCUUCCCUCUCUACUGCCCACUCUAUGAAUAGUUUUCUUAAACUUUCAUCCUUGCGGUGUUUCUGAUUCAA